GGUGCAUGCUGGGAGCGUGGAGGAGUAAUGGCGCAGCUGGGCUAGUGGUGCGGCGCCGGUGAGAGGAAGAGGCGAAGGAAGAGGCUGAAGAGCAGGUCGGGGUCGUAAGAUAGUCGUGGUGGCGGUUCCUCAGAGACUAUAAGCUCCAUCCAUGAUGUGCAUUUGAUCACACGGUAUUUAAGAUGACUACUGCAGCCAGACCAACAUUUGAACCUGCAAGAGGAGGGAGAGGGAAAGGAGAAGGUGACCUAAGUCAGCUCUCCAAGCAGUACUCCAGCCGAGAUCUUCCUUCUCACACUAAAAUCAAAUACAGACAAACCACUCAGGAUGCCCCUGAAGAGGUGCGCAACCGUGACUUCAGGAGAGAACUGGAAGAGAGGGAGCGAGUUGCUGUGAGAGAGAAGAACAGAGACCGUCCAGCACGAGAGCACACAACUUCCUCUUCAGUUUCAAAAAAGCCUCGACUGGAUCAGAUCCCUGCAGCUAACCUGGAUGCAGAUGAUCCGCUAACUGAUGAGGAAGAGGAGGAAGACGAUUAUGAGGAAGAGAGCGACGAUGAUACAGCUGCUCUUUUAGCUGAGCUGGAAAAAAUAAAAAAGGAACGAGCGGAAGAGCAGGCUCGAAAGGAACAAGAGCAGAAGGCUGAAGAGGAGAGGAUACGGAUGGAGAACAUCUUGAGUGGUAAUCCUUUGCUGAAUCUCACUGGUCCGGUUCAGCCUCAGGCAAAUUUCAAAGUGAAGCGAAGAUGGGACGAUGAUGUGGUCUUCAAGAACUGUGCGAAAGGUGUAGAUGAGAUGAAAAAGGACAAAAGAUUUGUCAAUGACACAUUGCGGUCUGAAUUUCACAAAAAGUUCAUGGAAAAAUAUAUCAAGUAGUACCUUUUUUAAUGUGCCGCCUUGCUGAUAGACUGAAUGGAGCAAGUCAUUUUAUCUGAAAAAUCUCCUGAUUUUAAAGUAAAAAUCUGUUAACAAGUAGUUCUUCCCCACAGUCACUGAUGCCAUUUUUUAAAAUCCACAUCUGGAAUAUGUUGUGCUUUUCUUAUUUUGGUCAGCCUGUUUCCCUGAAAACUUCAUUUCUUUGUUUGAUCUGAAUUUAUGUUCAAUGGCUUUUAUGUAAAUGCUUUGCAAUAAAUUCUUCACUCUCA